GGACUCCUCAGAUUUGGUCUUGACCAGCCAGGGCUUUAGGCUGGUCUCCGGUGACUCCUAGUCCUGAGUCUUGAUACCCUUGCGAGAGCUUUGAGCGUGGUGGGUCCCCGGCAUUCGGGGUCCGGGGUGUGUGUGGUUGUCUAGCCUGCAGCCGGGGUCCUCGGCGCGCUCGCGUCCUCCGCAGCUGGCCAGAAGAGACGCGCCCCAGCGCUACGGGGAUGGAACGGACCGAGCUGCUGAAGCCACGGACCCUGGCCGACCUCAUCCGCAUCUUGCAUGAGCUCUUCGCAGGGGAUGAAGUCAACGUGGAGGAAGUGCAGGCUGUACUGGAAGCCUACGAGAGCAAUCCCGCCGAGUGGGCUUUGUAUGCCAAAUUCGAUCAAUACAGGUAUACUCGAAAUCUUGUGGAUCAAGGAAAUGGGAAGUUUAAUCUGAUGAUUCUGUGCUGGGGUGAAGGGCACGGCAGCAGUAUUCAUGAUCACACGGACUCCCACUGCUUUCUGAAGCUGCUGCAAGGAAAUCUGAAGGAGACAUUGUUUGACUGGCCUGACAAGAAAUCCAACGAGAUGAUCAAGAAGUCUGAAAGAACCCUGAGGGAAAACCAGUGUGCCUACAUCAAUGAUUCCAUUGGCUUACACCGAGUAGAGAACGUCAGCCACACAGAGCCUGCCGUGAGCCUUCACUUGUACAGUCCACCUUUCGAUACGUGCCACGCCUUUGACCAGAGAACAGGGCAUAAAAACAAAGUCACCAUGACAUUCCACAGCAAAUUUGGAAUCAGGACUCCAUUUACAACUUCAGGGUCACUGGAGAACAACUAGGGCCUACCAAGCCCUUCGAAGUUUCGCUUUCGGAUCCUCUGAAUGUUUUCCCUUGGACAGAGAGGCCACCCACCAUUUGCUGUCCAGUGACACAGUUAAACAAGUCCAUGCUCAGUUCUACUACAAAGGGUGUGUACUAAGGAAGCAAACAAUGCCCCGAGGAGAAAAAUCCCACUAAAGAAAAAGUCACUUGAUUUUUAAUGACCAAGUUUUUAAUGACCAGGUUAUUUUGUCCUCUAACUCUACUGGGGGGGUGGUGUCCACUCAAACUCUACUGGGAGCUUUUGGUGGUUUUUUUUUUUUUCCCAGCCUUAGGAAACACUCUGGUCUCUGAACUCUAAUAAUCAAUAAGUAAAAAUAAGAAACCUCAAACUAUCACGUGUCUGUUUUCAUACCUAGGAAUCUAAAUGUGGAAAUCCUUAAUAUGCUUUUUAUGUUCUUAAUAUUUGACAAGAAUUUUUUUCAACCCUAUUUGACAAAUUCCUGUGCUGUGGAGACUAGGGGACGCAUAGAGCAGUUUGGUGCUUGGCAGUGAGCAGCAGGGGUUAGAGAGGUGAUGAACCCAGACCUCCUGCGAACGAAAACCGAGACGCUGUGAAAUGUGUGCCACCACCUUGAGCUUCCACCAAAAUUGCCAAACAACUUUAAUAAAACUGGAUUUGAGAAG